AUGCCGGCCCGGGGCCCCUCGGGGUCCCGCCGGCCGCUGCUGGCCCUGCUGGUCGCGCUGGGCUGGCUGCUGGCCCUGCAGCUGCUGCUGGACCUGCGGGCGCUGGGGCUGCUGUGCGGGGCGCUGGCCGUGCUGGGGGGCUGGCUGGGCCCCCCGGCCCUGAGCCCCCGUGGCCGCCGGCUGCGGCUGGAGCGGUUCUUCAGCUCCCUGCGGGCCCCGGCCGGCAGCGCUGCGGACGAGGGCCGGCUGGAGAAGGAGAUCGCCAGCACCGUCCGUAAAGUGGUGCGGGAUUUCGUGGCCUCCUGGUACCGCACGGUGAGCAGAGAGCCGGCCUUCGAGGCCGAGGUGGAGAGGGCCAUGCUGGGGCUGGCCGCGGAGCUGAGGCGGCGGAUGAGGCGGGUGGACAGGCGAGCCCUGGCCCGCCGCCUGCUCCUGCUCUGCGGGCAGCACCUCCAGAGCUUCCUGCGGGCACGGGAUGCCCUGAGGGCUGACCCCCAGGGCGGCCGGACGCUGUGGAGGGAGUACAGCCGGCUGGCAGGGCCGCACCCCGCUCUCCUGAGCCCCGCAGCCGAGGUGAGCUGUGCCCGGGCCGCUGUGGACGCGCUGCUGCGGGCGCUGGUGCCGUGGCCGCACCUGGAGACACGGACAGGACGUUUUGUUGUGGUGGAGCUGGUGGCCUGCAACGUGCUGCUGCCGGCCAUUAGGAAGAUGUCUGAUCCCGACUGGAUCAACCUGCUGCUCAUUGGGGCGUUUUCCAAGAAGCCCCGGGGUGGAAAGCCCCACCCUGCGCCCCCAGUGCCGGAUUCCUUGCCUUUCCCAGCGCAGAAGGACACGGCUCCUACCAGGCUCCCCCCAUCCCCGAGGGCUGCGGAGGGGCUCAGGAGAGAAGUAGGGGCCGCUGGAGAGGAGGUGAGCAGGUCAUGCCAUGCAGAGGAACCCUUCCUGCGCCCCCAAGCCCUUGGAUCCCUCUUCCCCUGUGAGGGUUUGGAGCUGGAAUCCCCUGUGCCUGAUGUGGGCCAGGAUGUGGAGCUGUUGGCUCCUUCCCCUGCUGGAGAGCACCUUGAUGAGCCCCCACAGGACCCCUCUGUGCCAGAGGCAGUACUUGCCUCGGAGGAUGUCAUAGGGGACCUGGACCAGGGCCCUGGCCCCAGCUCGGAUGCUAGCCUGUUUCCCACCUCUGCUUUGAGCUCCUGCCCUGACAUCCAGAUUGAGCCAGCGGUUGAGAAGGAGGAGGAAAGCCCAGCUGUCCCCAGGAGGUUCUCCUCACAAAGACCCUCCAGCCUGGGGAGAGAUCUGGGGGCAGCAGAGGGCCCAGCACAGUUUCCCCCAGAGCCUGGGCAGAGCUUGCCCCUGCUUUCAUCCUCCCCGACAGCUUCCAUGAGCACCUUCAGCUUCGAGCCCCUGAGCAGCCCCGAGGGGCCGGUCGUCAUCCAGAACCUGCGGAUAACCGGGACCAUCACUGCCCGGGAGCACAGCGGCACCGGCUUCCACCCCUACACCCUGUACACCGUCAAGUAUGAGACAGCCCUGGAGAGCGAGGCUGCGGGCAGCCUGCAGCAGGUGGCUUAUCACACCGUGAACCGCCGCUACCGCGAGUUCCUCAACCUGCAGACCAGGCUGGAGGAGAAGCCGGAGCUCCGCAAGUUCCUCAAAAACAUCAAAGGUCCAAAGAAACUGUUCCCUGAUCUACCAUUUGGAAACAUGGACAGUGAUAAAGUGGAAGCCAGGAAAAGUCUGCUGGAAUCUUUCCUGAAGCAAUUGUGUGCAGUGCCUGAUAUUGCAAACAGUGAGGAGGUGCAGGAAUUCCUGGCCCUCAACACCGACGCCAGGAUCGCCUUUGUCAAGAAGCCCUUCGUUGUCUCCAGGAUAGACAAGAUUGUUGUCAAUGCCAUCGUGGACACCUUGAAGACAGCAUUCCCCAGGUCAGAGCCCCAGAGCCCCACGGAGGAGCUGAGUGAGUCGGAGGUGGAUGGGAAAUCCCAGACAGAUGGGAAGAAAACCACCAAGUCCAGGCUGAGGUUCUCAUCCAGUAAAAUCACUCCAGUGCUGAGUGUGAGUGACGCUCACGACAGGAUCGUGUACUCCAUCAGGGAGGGCAGUGCUGUGUCUGGCACCCUGUCGCUGGCUGCUAUGGAAUCCUUCAUCCAGAAGCAGGAGAAGCUGCUGGAAGCAGUCCCCAGCAAAGCUCCUGAAGGCGAGGGAGGCAGAGAAGCCAAGGAAAUCUCUGUGCAGGAAGAAAUGGAUGGGCUGAGCACACUGGAGCAGGGAGCACAUCCAGACACUGACUCUGACUCCGAGACAGCUUUGGCUGACCUGGCCCUGGACGUGCUUCGUCUGGUGCUGGUGGAUCACUGGAGCUGGCUGUGCACAGAGAACAUCCAGAAGGUCUUCAACCUGCUCUUUGGGACCCUCGUUCAGAGGUGGCUGGAAGUGCAGAUGGUCACCCUGACCUGCACCCAGCGCUGGGUCCAGUACCUCCAGUUGCUCCAGGAAUCCAUCUGGCCUGGAGGAGUUUUACCAGCAGUGCCUAAACCCCCCAGGACUGAGGAGCAGAAGAAGGCAACAGCAGAGCAGGCUCUGCAGAGCCUGAUGGGGAUCCUUCCCAAUGUGAUCCAAGAAAUCCUUGGGACCAGUAAGUGUCGGAUGAGCUGGAACCUGGUGCUGGAGUCACUGAGCCAGCCUGUGAUAAACAGGCACCUGGUGUUCUGCCUCCUGGACAUUCUUCUGGAGUUCCUGGUUCUGAAGGGCUCCAGCAAGGAGCCUGAGGCUGCAGCUGCCACACCAUGUGCCCGCAGUGUCCCAGACAAAGGUGUCCCAGCACAUUAACCAGGGCUGGUGCCCCUGCAGGGGAGGAGAGGUGCACACAGCAGCCACAGGCAUGGAGUGAUUGGAUUUUCACCUUUACUGAAUGUGCUUGGGAGCUUUUUGUAAGGAAUAUCUCCAGCCAGUGCUAAAUGAAGCUGCUUCCAGGCUUCUCUGUUUCAGUUGGAUGGUGAAUCAAAGCCAGUGUGUGGUGCUGAAGAUGCUGUGCAGCAUCUGUUCCAUUGCUGACCUGAUGGAGAGCCUGGAAUGAACCAGCCUGACCAUUUGGAGAAGGUACC